AGAAUUUUUGUGCCCAAACCAGCUAAGUACAUGCCGCACAACCACGCAGACAUGCAACGCGCACGUUUUUCGAAGCCCAUGUGGAUCUGUUGAUCUCUCGGCUGCAGGCGCGCCUACUGCUUCUAAACACACCAAACCACCAACCGCGAUCAUGGCUGAAAUUGAGCGAGGGGAUACACAGCAAAUGGUGAAUUUUGUCGGGAUGGCUGCUGGAAGUGCGUCCGCCAUGAUUGGUGCAGGUGCUGCCUCGGUGCUCAUUGAAGCGAUCCCACAAGGAAUCGCCCUGUUCGUUGCCCUACAAAGCUGGAAUGAACCUUGCAACCAACCUCUGCAGCUCUGGCUGGCAGUUGUGGGAGGAGUUAGUCUCUUGAUCACCGUGCCGGCAGUGAUAAUUCUCUGUCGGGAACGCCGAAAGAUCAACGAAACAGUUGGAAAUGAAGAGUUGGUGUCGUACAUGGUGCGGAAGCAGAGGGCCGAGCAGGAUCACCAGCACUUCGAAGAGACCUCUGAAUUUGAGGAAGAACUGCAGGAGACGAUGGGAUCAGAGUCAAGGCCCUCAUGUGCUGAUUCCCUGAUGCGCUGUCUCCAGUGCCCACUGCUGGUGUGGCAGAUCUCGGGCAUCGUUUGGUACUGCAAGAGCUCUCCGGAGGAUGAGAUCUGCCGGGAGAAGCUGCGACAUUGGACCCUGGGCAUUUUGUUGCUAAAGUUUCUGAUGCCUUGCGUGACCUGCUGCUGUGUGAUCAUUUGUGGCGUCGGCGCUGGCCUCACCCACUUGCCGGAGGCGGUGAGUGACGGGUCCAGCUCUGAAUAAGCUUGCAAGCAGCCAGAUGUGAAGGAGGAAUUUAUGGCAUCGCUGCCAGGCGGACGCACCGGACGCCAUGCCCGAUGGACUCGAUGCCUAUGAGGUUGCAGCUGCAGCCUAUGCCUUGCAGCGGUGCAGAUGCCUGCACCGCAGCGAGUUGUAUGAGCCAAUGAUGGAUACUGAAGGGUAA